AUGCAUCGAAUCAAGGCUCUGUUUAGAAGACGAGGCUAUGACGAGCGCAGUUCGAUGGCCCCCAAGAGAAAUAAAGCAAAUUUGUCGCAAACCCGACAAAGUCUUGAUCGCCGUGGGGAUCAUAAAAAUAUGAAAGAAGAUCAUAUCACAAGUCCCAAGUCCCAAAGACACAAUAGAAGUUCAGUGGAUCACAAGGCCAGUGGCUACAAGAAUCCCAAGAAUAUCGCCAGGAAGGAAAUGCCAGGGCAUUUCCAUAUGGAUAAACAAGUUAGUACGGAAGAGCAACCAAAAACAUUACCGGUAGAAAUACGCAACAACAAAGAUGACCAGCUAGUCCCACCCACAAGGCAGCAAGAUCAGGAUCACACAGUAAAGAUAAUAAACAAAAACGGUAGUACCACUUCUAGUAGCUCAGGAGAACGUAGUUCCUCAGAGGGUGAGAAGGUUGUAGAUCUAAGGGAUACUGUAGACACCGAUCAGACUAUUACUUACGCCCCAGCUGUCACGCACGAAACCAUUCGCCCUCACGUGCACGAAAUCAUGGAAGAGCAGAUUUACCGCGAGAUCCACAACCAUGAUGUAUACCACCGAAUCCAACCGGUUUACGACGUUGAGAUUCUCCCUGCUCGCCACUUCGUCCCCGGAGCAGACGAAAUGGCACGUGAGCAAGGAACCGCCGCCUAUUCCUUCGAUGCCUGCUCGAUACCUGCUCGACACCGGCCAGAGACUGUGGUAGAACACAACACAGUUCGCGAGCCAGUCAAGGAGGAUGUUAAAGAAAGGGAAGGCAAUUUCGAGCCUGUACGGACACGUUCCACCAUUGACUGCCAGGAGCUCAAAGAUGUGUACUCUGAUAGUUAG